CGCGCGGGCCGCCGUGCCCUCCCCUCCUCCCUCCCCCAGCGCAGCGCGGCCAUGGCGGACUCCUCGCUGGACGACAUCAUCCGGAGGCGCGGCCUGCGCCUCAAGGGCCGACCGGUGCCAAGUGCCAGGCCCGUUGCCGGCGGCAUUAAGUCACGGAUUGGGGAUCAGUUUGCGAACGUGAACACGAGCAGGCCAGUCAGCGGCUUUCAAAGGACUUUUGAUGCGCGACAGAAGAUCGGCAUCACGGACGCUCGGCACCGGCUCACCAUGAGGGACGCCCGCGAUCGCUUGGCACAGAAGGGCAUGCGCUCGAAAAUAACCGGGGGCUCCUCGAAGGUCCUCGAUGCACGCGAAAUGAUCAAUUCAAGGAAAAGCCAGGAUGGAAGCGAGAAAGGGCUGGCGAUGAAAAGGGUUCUUGAUGCUCGGGAGCGACUGAAAGCCAGGAGGAGCGCUCCAGCCAUGACCACCGCUCCAACAACCGGGACUAUCAACACGGGCGGCAGGAUCACCAAAACUAUCCAAGUACCUCAGAAAAGAUCAGCUCCCCCUGUGCUGUCGCAUCCAUUGGGAAUGCAGAUUAACGUGGUGAAUGACCAGAGCCCUAUCCAGGUCGUUGACGAUGAGGAUAUUGAGGAGGAGGACGAGGAGGAGCAAGAUCAUAUUCUACGCCCAAUACCCUUGGCAAACAAACCCAUGAAAGUCACCACACUGACAAACCACUUCGCUCAAAAACGGGUUGGUUUGUCUGCCUCCAAGCUGUCCCUUGGGAAGCCCGUUCCUCUGACCAAAGUGGUGCAGAAUGACUCGUACACUGCUCCUCCGCCACCUCCUCUCACCCUCACACGCUCCAGACCCACAACUAACGUAUCGAGCGCGCCGGCGCUCGCAGUGGGGGCGGAGCCAGCUGACGACGCAUUACCUCCGGAGCUGAAUCUGAGCCCAUUGGAAGGAACAAAAAUGACCGUCAACAAUCUCCAUCCACGAGUGACUGAGGAGGAUAUUGUGGAGUUGUUUUGUGUUUGCGGCGCUCUGAAGCGUGCCCGCCUCGUCCAUCCAGGAGUGGCAGAAGUCGUCUUCGUCAGAAAGGACGAUGCCAUCGCGGCGUACAAGAAGUACAACAACAGAUGUUUGGACGGUCAGCCGAUGAAAUGCAACCUUCACGUGAAUGGUAACGUCAUCACUUCAGAGCAGCCAAUCCUAUUGAGACUGAGCGACACUCCGGCGGUGAAGAAGCCCGAGAUUCUCCGCAGCAAGCCUCGCCCGUCCAACCAGCCCCCGGCAGAGGUCGACCCGGAGACUGUCCUGAAAGCUCUUUUCAAAUCCUCGGGACCCUCGACGUCAGCCCAGCCCACCGCUUUCAAGAUCAAACUCUAACUGGUGCUGGCGAUGCCACCCCCACACCCGGCCGCCCACAGCCCAACUCCUCUGCCUUUGUUGUGUUUAAUGGUUUCCCGACUUUCUUUAAGUCCUUUCCACCUGAUGCUGUCUGGAGCGGGUGACGUAGAAUGAGCAGUAAGUAGCUGAGGUCACCUGUGCUCUCUCUCCCCCAGAUACCCCAGCCUCUCUCCUCCCUUCACCCCAUCGAUUAAGCCAGUGAAUGCCCCCUUUAAGCCACUGUGCCUGACUGCAUUCCUUCACUGGCGAUACAGGUUGUUCCAUGGGCUGGCCUGAAUACAAUGAUUCCAAGGACAUUGGUCAAUUGUCCCCUCUCUCCAGUGUAGGCUGAGCUCUGUGGGAGGCAGCUAGAGUGACAGAGAUGCAGCACUUUAACCUGCUGCUGCCCACACCCUGACUCAGAGCUCCACCUCCCCCACAGGCAGCUGAGUCACUGCUUCUCUGCUCACCUGCACACACACGUGCCAUAGCUUGGACAAAGAAAGGCAGCAGAAAACUAAACUACUGGCUCUCUCAAUCACCUUCCAAUGUUUAUAGUGCUGUUGGAUGUGUAUGCAAAGCUGUGUGUGUCUCAGUCUGUGUGUGUGUGUGUGUGUCUGUCUCUGUCCGUGUGAGUGUGUGUGUCUGUCCGUGUGAGUGUGUCUCUAUCCGUGUGAGUGUCUCUGUCCGUGUGAGUGUGUGUGUCUCUGUCCGUGUGUGUGUGUGUGUCUCUGUCCGUGUGUGUGUGUGUCUCUGUCCGUGUGUGUGUGUCUCUGUCCGUGUGUGUGUGUGUCUCUGUCCGUGUGUGUGUGUCUCUGUCCGUGUGUGUGUGUCUCUGUCCGUGUGAGUGUGUGUCUCUGUCCGUGUGAGUGUGUGUGUGUGUGUGUCUCUGUC